AUGCAGUGUGGGAAACAGAGCAGUGUGAUAGUAAUGCAGUGUAAGAAACAGAGCAGCAUGACAGUAAUGCAGUGCUUCCUCCACCCUCAGAGAGUGACGCAGGAACAGGGAGCCAGCCGUGUCAUACUGGAGUAUUCAGUCAACACAGGAGCUGGAUGCCAGUGUAGCCCAGCGUUCAGCAUCUCACGGCCGCACUGCACGAUGAGCACAGACGAGAUCUACCACCUUCCUCUAAACGUCUACAUCAUCAUCCUGGGCGUCGGACUCUUCAUCUUCAUCAUGAGCAUGAUCUUCUGUUGCUACCUGUUCAGACUGAAACGACAAAGCACACAUGAACAGUACGGAUAUAAUGAGGUGGUAUUAAAAGGUGCAGGGAAGAAACUGAGCCUUCUUGGACAAACCUGUGCUGUUUGCCUGGAGGAGUUUAGGAGCAGAGAUGAACUCGGAGUGUGUCCCUGCUCACAUGCUUUUCAUAAGAAGUGUCUGGUGAAGUGGCUGGAAAUCCGCAGUGUUUGUCCCAUGUGUAAUAAGCCCGUCUGCAGGCUGCAGCCAACCCCCCUGCAGGGGGCGGAGGGGCCCCCCAGCCCGCUAGAGGUGUGA